UAUGAACGCUAUGAGAACUGUGAGAAAGAAUUUUCAAUAUUAUUUUUCAAAGGGGGGUGGGGGGUUGCAUGUCAUGUUUCAUUUGAUGUUAGGGUGGACACGGCCCACGACAGAUUGAGACACGAUGGUCAAAAGUGCACUGUGUCUGGGACACUGUUGCAGUGAAAGUUUCACAGCAUUUUCCAUUUUAUUGUCUUGAGUCAAGCAAUACAUUCUUAAAGCUUUAACCACCAUUCUCAAGUUUUGGUCUCUGUUUUGUAAGCAAGAUGUUUACAUAUGAAAAGGCCACUAUAAUUAGUGUUCUUUUGUGUAAUACCCCAUGCAUGGUCAUGCCAUCACUCCACAUACAAUCUAGAGCUGGCAUGGUUAAACAAAAAAUGUAUUGGCUUAUUUUUUUGUGGUCGAUUACUCGAGCCCCUUUGAAAAUGUUGGCAGCACGAAGACGGUAAACCCCCUACAGGCUGCGUUCAGUGUGUUGGGGCUGACAUUCCACAAUACUGUCACCUGUGAGAAAAGAGGUGCCAGUUUUUUUCUAAAUAUUGUCGUGUUAUUCGAUUAGUUGGACAACACGACUAGUCCAGCUCUGAUACAAUGUUUGCUUUAUCAGUCUUAUCCACAAUCACAGCAUUCAUAUUUCUAAAACAAAUUCUAAGGGUUGACCACAUGUGCAAAAUGGUCUGGAUAUGGAAUGUAAUGGUGAUGCAGUCCUCAGUACAGUUAUAGUUAAAGUGUUUAACCGGAGCUUAUAAAUUAGUUUUAAUCACAUAUUCACCAAAGGAUGUGCAGUAUAGGCACAGGAAUUAUUGCAAGGCGAUGAUAAUAUCUUGGUACCUUUCCCAUUUUCAAUGGCAACCGCUAUCAUGGUUUCUUGUGCAAUACAAUGGAUAUUAACCCACAAAACUGUACAGUAUUGCUUUGUAAUAUUAUGACAGCCAGCAGUCACAUGUUUAGGUGCUACAUUAUCCUAUAUUCAAGUUAUCACUUAACCCAAACUGGCUUUAAAAUUAUGAGCACUCAUAACCCAAGCUCAAGAUGUCACAAUUACUACCUAUGUCUCACGAAUGUUCGGUUCAGUGUCAAGAGCAAGGCUUUUAUCUUUUGGCAUUUAAAGCAACAGCCGCAUGGAGUUUGACUGGCCCUCAGAGAGGGGUGUAUUCAGGUAGACAUCAUAACCAAAUGCUCAUUGUGCCUUUCCUUGUGAUUGUAUCUAUGACAAGCUCUUGAAUCUCGAGUUCGCUUUUAAAUGCAUCCAGCGACCUAAUUCUAACUCAUCCCAUAACUAUGAUGAAUCCAUAAAUGUCCGUCAAACUCUCUCGGGCAUUCUGUUCAAGUUGUAGCCCUGUAACAUAAACCAGCCAUUUAAGUUGUUCUGCUAUAAAUCAAAAAUUAAACUCUCCAGAUUCAUCACCAUGUCUGCCCCACAUUAGAAAAAAAUAUAAUGAGCUGACAUUUUAAACAAUCGCCCAUCUUCAGAGCAGAGAAAGAGGGCAGAAAUAUUGACUGAUUUUGUAGUUGGAGGUCACACUUUACACAGCAGUGUCCUAAAAAAACUGGAAAAUGUAAAGAACAGUAACAAGUUUUGAAUUUGACUAUGAAUAGGUUUGCAUUGCGAGACUUUGAGCAGCAAACCCUUAAAAAGUAAAAAUAAAUUAUUUGUAUGAAUGAAUUUAACGGAUAAUAAAUAUGUAAAUGAACUGCAUCAAGGAAAGGUGUAACAUUGGUGGCUUCAGCAAUAUUAGCAGCUGUCCCAGUAAUGUGUAUGGUAUGUACACAGCAUAUAUAAUGCGUGUCAUGGACCUGUAUCCAGUAUAGCAAGUCCGCUUUGGAGGAUCAUGCACCAUAUAUUUAUCCAUAAUAAUCACCGGUUAAUCAAAUAUCUACAUGAGUUAUUUCACGGUGCUUUAUAAACACUGAAGGAGCAGAAACGGAAUCCUGUGCAAACAAAACAAUGCUCAAAUUAGCAAUAUGCAUUACAGCAUUCAACAUAAUUAGCUUGUGAAUCCGACACCGGCAGGCAGAUGAUAAAAAAAUAUAUAUUUCCACAGGAUGUGCAGCCUAGCAGCACGGUAAUGACGUGUGACGCGCAAAACUGCAACAGGAAGAUGGAAGGCGAGGAAGGCAGCCGGUAUGGGGUGCGUGUGGAUAACCAUGCCGGUACCUGUACACCUCUUUUGUUCCACGCAGGUAAAAACAUGGGCAAGAAGAAGGCUGUGGUUGACGUGGGAGCUGUUGAGAAUGGAGACGCCGCGGCAAAGAAUCUUGAUCCUCUUUAUGAAAAUAUAACGGAUGGUGGCGUUAACACCGAGCAAGACGCCAAGCAUGGCAAAAAGAAAAAAGAACCCAAAGUGAAAACCAAUAUGGUUGGGCUCUUCGGACUGUUCCGUUUUGCAAGUGGGCUGGACAAGCUGAUGAUGGUGGUUGGACUCAUCUUUGCAAUUGCAAACGGAGCCGCCCUCCCAGUAAUGAUCAUCCUCUUUGGAGAAAUGACAGACACCUUUGUCAAUGAUGCUCAGAACAACACCGGGACAAAUGUAACUGAAUCAGAAAGCCUUGAGGACCAGAUGACACGGUACGCGUACUAUUAUGUGGGCAUCGGCGGCGGUGCGUUCCUGGCAUCAUACAUCCACAUCUCCUUCUGGGUGCUGUCGGCAUCGCGCCAGGCACGCAGGAUCCGAGAGACGUUUUUCCACGCCGUGCUGCGGCAGGAGAUUGGCUGGUUCGAUGUCAACCAGACAGGGGAGCUGAACACGCGCCUAACCGAUGACAUCAACAAGGUCACAGACGGCAUGGGUGACAAGGUGUCACUGCUCGCACAGUCCCUGGCGACCUUCAUCUCGGGCUUCAUUAUUGGAUUCAUCAAGGGCUGGAAGCUGACGCUCGUUAUCCUGGCCAUCAGCCCCGUGCUCGCUAUCUCCGCAGGGCUCUGGUCAAAGAUCCUGACCUCGUUCACGAACCGUGAGCUCUUGGCGUACUCGAAGGCAGGCGCCGUGGCGGAGGAGGUCCUCUCUGCCAUUCGCACCGUCAUGGCAUUCGGGGGUCAGGAGAAGGAGCUCAAGAGAUACGACAAGAACCUUGUGGAGGCCAGAAAUAUUGGGAUUAAGAAGGCCAUCACUACAAACCUGUCGAUUGGUUUUACCAUGUUCAUCGUAUAUGCCUCGUACUCGCUGGCAUUCUGGUACGGAAGCAGACUGGUGUUGGAGGACACUUCCUACACAAUAGGGAACGUCAUGAUUGUGUUUUUCGCCGUCAUCAUUGGAGCAUUUGGAAUUGGCCAAGCGGCCCCAUUCCUUGAGGCCAUCUCUGUCGCUAGGGGUGCUGCUUAUACCAUCUUUGAGAUCAUUGACCGGCAACCACAGAUCGACAGUUUUUCCGAAGAGGGUUACAAGCCUGAAAAAAUCACCGGCAAUGUGGAGUUUCAAGACGUACACUUCAACUAUCCGUCGAGAGCGGACGUACCGGUGCUGAAGGGGGUCAACCUGCAAGUGAAGAGCGGCCAGACAGUUGCGCUGGUGGGCAGCAGCGGCUGCGGCAAGAGCACGACCAUCCAGCUGCUGCAGCGGUUUUACGACCCGCAGCAGGGCACGAUCAUGGUAGACGGGAGGGACGUGCGCACCCUGAACCUGCGCUCCUUGCGUCAGCUGAUCGGUGUCGUGAGCCAGGAGCCUGUGCUCUUCGCCACAACCAUCGCCGAGAACAUCCGCUUCGGUCACGAGAAAGUCACGAUGGAGGACAUCGAGAGGGCGGCUCGGAACGCCAAUGCAUACGACUUCAUCAGCCAAAUGCCCGAGAGAUUCAACACGCUGGUUGGGGACCGCGGAGCGCAGCUCAGUGGCGGGCAGAAGCAGCGCAUCGCCAUCGCGCGCGCCCUCAUCCGAAAUCCCAAACUCCUGCUCCUCGACGAGGCCACAUCGGCCCUGGACGGGGAGAGCGAGGCCAUUGUACAGGAGGCCCUGGACAAGGCAAGAGAAGGCCGAACGACGCUCGUGAUUGCCCAUCGCCUCUCCACAAUCCGCAAUGCCGACAUCAUCGCAGGCUUCGAUGGAGGUGUCAUCGUGGAGCUGGGCACUCACGAUGAGCUGAUGAAGCGCAACGGAGUCUACCACACGCUGGUCUCCAUGCAGACGUUCCACCAAAAGGAUGACAAUGGGAUUGAAGACAUCAAAGCCAAACGCCUAGACUCGCCUACUGGUGACAAGGCCUUUUUCCGCAGCCUGUCCCAGCAGUCACAUGCAAAAGAGUCAGACUUAGCCAAAGAAGAUGGGGAAGACAACAAAGAGACAGAGGAAGUAAAGAUCCCGAAGGUGUCCUUCUGGAAGGUGUUAGCGCUGAACAAGAAGGAGUGGCCGUACAUUACCCUAGGCACCUUGUGUGCCGGAGUCAACGGCGCAUUGCAGCCCGCCUUUGCCGUCAUCUUCUCUCGCAUCAUCGGGGUGUUUGCAGAGACAGACCUCGUGAAACGAGAGGAACAGAGCAACCUCUACUCCUUGCUCUUCCUUGUCCUUGGGAUCGUCUCCUUUGUUACAUUUUUCCUUCAGGGCUUCUUGUUUGGUCGUUCUGGUGAGCUGCUCACAAUGAAGUUGAGAUCAAUGGGCCUGAGGGCCAUGCUCAGACAGGAUAUGAUGUGGUUCGAUGACCCCAAGAACAGCACGGGCGCGCUGACCACACGCCUUGCCACUGACGCCUCCCAAGUCCAAGGGGCAACUGGUGCCAGACUCGCAACCAUUGCCCAGAACAUCGCCAACAUGGGCACGGCCAUCGUGAUCUCCUUCGUGUACGGCUGGGAACUCACGCUUCUCAUCCUGGCCAUCGUGCCGUUCGUUGGGGCGGCUGGCUUCCUGGAGAUGCAGGCCCUUACCGGCCAGGCCAACCGUGACAAGAAGCUGCUGGAGGAAGCUGGCAAGAUAGCGACCGAGGCCGUGGAGAAUAUCAGGACGGUCGCCUCCUUGACGCGGGAGCGCACCUUGGAGAAGAUAUACCAGGAUAGCCUGGAAGGGCCUGCCAAGACAGCGAAGAAGAAGUCGCAGUUCUACGGUUUGACAUACGGCUUCUCGCAGGGAGUCGUGUACCUCGCCCAAGCUGCCGCCUUCCGCUUUGGGGCCUUCCUCGUCACGGCAGGCCGCAUGGAGUUUGAAAAUGUUUUCUUGGUGUUUUCGGCGAUCGUGUUUGGAGCCAUGGCUGUUGGGCAGACGAGCUCCUUUGCCCCUGAUUACGCCAAGGCCAAGACAUCGGCCAACCACCUCUUUUACCUAUUCCAGCUGAUUCCUGCGAUCGACAGCUACAGCGAUGAGGGGGAAAAGCUGGAGGACUGUGAAGGGAACGUUGAGUUCCAGAGCGUGGGCUUCAACUACCCGAUGCGGCCCAAUGUGGAGGUGCUCAAGGGCUUGUCCUUGAAGGUGGAAAAUGGCCAAACGCUGGCGCUUGUGGGCAGCAGCGGCUGCGGAAAGAGCACAAGUGUGCAGCUGCUGGAGAGGUUCUACGACACGCUGAGUGGGAACGUGCUUAUCGAUGGCAAAGACGUGCGCUCGCUGCACAUCCAGUGGCUUCGGGCGCAGAUGGGCAUCGUAUCGCAAGAGCCGGUGCUCUUUGACUGCAGCAUGGCCGAGAACAUUGCGUAUGGAGACAACUCGCGCAUCGUGCCACAGGAUGAGAUCGUGGCUGCCGCCCGCGCCGCCAACAUCCACACCUUCAUUGACAGCCUCCCCGAGAAGUACAAUACAAAGGUCGGAGACAAGGGGACACAGCUGUCGGGUGGUCAGAAGCAAAGAAUAGCGAUUGCGAGGGCUCUCGUCCGGCAGCCCAAGAUCCUCCUGCUGGAUGAAGCAACGUCAGCCCUUGACACGGAGAGCGAGAAGAUUGUGCAGGAAGCACUUGACCGGGCACGGGAGGGCCGCACGUGCAUCGUCAUUGCGCACCGCCUCUCCACGGUGCAAACCGCCGACAAGAUCGCUGUCAUUCAGAACGGACAGGUUAUCGAGCAGGGCACACACCAGCAGCUGCUCGCCAAAAAGGGCGCUUACCACUUGCUCGUCAAUGCGCAAGUCUCUCAAAUAUGAGAGACUCGCCCGCAACAAAUUCACUCCGUUUGUCCGUCUCCAAGGGGAUGGUUGCCUUUGGGGAUGUUACCGUCCCAGGCAAUACCAAAAAAUUUCGGCCAUUAGUACAACUAGUGCUGGAGCUUCUGCAGCAGGGUCUGCUGAGCAUUUAGUGUUCACUGCUGCCUUAAUUUUAUUGUCUUGUGUUUGGCAGCUGUCAUUGCAGAGAUUGCAUUGUUUCCUCUAGACCUAUUCCGUGCCUAGUCAACAGAGGGAGACCUCAUGAAAAAUUGACGUGAAACAUUUCAGCCUUCCCGAGUGAUUCUUUUAUGCGAUUCAAUGUCACGGUUCUAUUCGAGAAUAUAUUAUGUUUUUAAGACUCUAACUGUAGCAGCCCCUAUUAUCUGCUGGCCCUGAAUGGGGACUCACUGUGACAUGUGAUUUGAAACCUUGCUACAACAUGAUGCCAGGGAAUGUGUUCUCUGUAAUUCAAAUAUUUACAAAGCAUGGCUCAAGAGGUCAGAUACUAAGCUGGCACUGCUGAGAGACUGGGUUUCAUCCAAGUUUCAGUCACUCGUGAUUAAACCGGCUUCUCAAGUGCAGUGAGUUGAUGUUUUCAGCCAGGUUACCAAUGACUGCAGAAUAAAAACAUCAAGUAAGGUUUGGUAUGACACUGAAUUUGGCAAAAUUUUGCACGGAGAAUGAAAAUAUCCCUUUGACUAUCAUGUGAAAACAGUAAUGUCGUAUCGUGGGUGGGAAAGAGCGCCCCAUAGUGUCGGUAAGUGGUCACUUUCAGGGAUCUAAAAAGUAGUUCUGCGAUUUCUCUCACUCAGAGGGUUGCACUGCUCUGAAUGGAUUCUUCAUUUUGUGACAUGAUUCCGAUAGCACAAUUUGGAAGAAAAUUUGAAAAAAAGAAAAAAAUGUCAAAAUUCACAAAGCUCCGAUUAGUACUGUCGGCUAUGUACAGUGCGAAAGAAGUAAAAAAUAUAUGGAUACAACGCUUGUGUACAUCUAGGGUGAUCACAAAUUGGUCACUGGAUUAUUUCACAAGCUAAUCUUUUCUUGAAGUUGCUGAAUAAAUGCACAUAAUUUGAUAUGCGGUAAUUUGUUUCCAGUAAUUCGAUAAUAUAAUUUGUACAAGUUCUGGAUGUACAUGUUUCCUUUUAUAUUUCCUAUUUCAAAUACUUUAUUUAAAUGCAAUAUUUUCAUAUCACAUAAUAAAGCAAUGGCAUUGGAGUAAGUUGUUUUUAUGUUAUUGUGAAUGUAAUUUUCAGUUUUAAUUCAUUAUUUCAUUACGCUUGUUUAUCCAAGAAAGCCUCGGUCUCAAGAAUAUUGUUCAUUAGGGUCCUGCCAAGCUCUCACAGGAAUGGGCAAUGCUGCCCUGUGUUAUCCCAUUUGAGUAAUUUCCAGACAAUUUUUUUCUGCAUUGGGGACGUUUGACCAAUAGCAGUUACAAUGCAUGUUUCUUUAACCAAAGUAUGAGCAGCGGCAAUGUAAAUGGCAAAGGAAUUUGGUUCCGAGAACCGUCACUGCAGUGGUGCACACCCACAAUAAUCUGAACUGCUCUAUAACUGCCCAUUUCAUUCUGGCUGUCAGCUCCUCGUGGUGCCGGACAGGCAACGCUGUCGUGGGCAGUGGCCUUUCCCCUCAUGGCGU